AGUUGGAUCACCAUGAUUGUAGAAUUCUACUUUCUCUUAUUCUUUAUCUAAGCUGAAUAUGCCUGAUAACUUUCUUCGAAAUGACUUUCCAUACAAGCGUCUUAGGUGACAGCGAUGACAGCUACGGCAAGCGCAUCGUUGGCGAACCAAAGGAUACUGUUCUACAGAUUGGCAUCUCGGUUGUGCUGGGGUCGAUUGCAUUCCUAGCUUUUUGUAUUCUCCGCCCAAGAUGGCCUGGAAUGUAUGCCGCCCGCAAGAAAUCGCGCUCCGCCGCCGACUCUCUGCCUGAGCUCCCGAACACAUUGUUUGGAUGGAUACCAAUGAUAUGGCGGAUAACUGAUGCUCAAGUUCUGCAUUCGGCCGGGCUAGACGCAUAUGUUUUUUUGGCGUUCUUCAAGAUGGCCAUUAAAUUUCUCUGCAUCACCCUACCCGUCGCGCUUCUCAUCAUCAAGCCUGUACACGACCGCUUCCCCGAACCAACUGGCGACAAGCAUCACAAGAACAAAACGGAAACUGCACUUGGUAAUUUGCUGCACCAGGAUUUGAAAAGGAAUGUGCACAAUGGAAGUGAUAGUUUUGUUCCAAUACCUGAGUUCGACGCCGACUACUUGUGGAUGUAUCUUGUGUUCGCAUACUUGUUUACCUUUCUCGCUCUAUAUUUGAUCAUUGUAGAGUCAAAGAGAAUUAUUGAAGUACGUCAAGAGUGGCUUGGCGCACAGACGACAGUGACGGACAGGACAAUCCGCCUUUCAGGCAUUCCGCCCGAACUCCGCUCUGAAGACAAGAUAAAAGAAGUUAUCGAAGACUUGGACAUUGGGACCGUGGAGAGUGUUGUCAUGUGCCGAGACUGGAAAGAAUUAGACAAGACUAUGGAAACACGGAUGAAGGUUUUGCGAAGACUCGAGGAGGCUUGGACAGUCUAUUUAGGACGCCGGAGAGUCGAACGCAGCCUCGAAACCUUGCCUAUUGCCCAACCCGCACCGCCUGGUCCGGCAGUGGAUCCCGAGGAUCGAGAGGAUAGCACCUUACUUCCUGCGAACGGUGCAAAUGGCAAUUCUUCUGAGGUACCGUACGCACGCACCCGUCCCACGACUCGCAUCUGGUACGGACGCUUUAGAUUGCGAUAUAAGGUGGUGGAUGCGAUUGACUAUUACGAGGAACAACUUCGACGUAUUGACAAGAGAAUAAGACAACUACGGAAAAAGGAGUUCAAAGCUUGCCCCCUUGCAUUCGUUACCAUGAACAGUGUUGCAACGGCUCAGAUGACGGUGCAAGCAGUGCUCGAUUCCCACCCAAUGCAACUGCUAGCUAACACGAGUCCAUCUCCCGCAGAUGUUAUUUGGUCGAAUACGUACCUUUCUCGUGGCCAAAGGAUGUUUCGAUCCUGGUCUAUUACAGCUUUUAUCAGUAUACUGACCAUCUUCUGGUCUGUUGUUUUUGUGCCAAUCGCAGGCUUAAUUGAUCUCAACCGAAUUCAUUCCGUGUUUCCUGGGUUGGCUGAGGCACUAGAUGCGCAUCCUCUAGCAAAGUCUCUUGUUCAGACACAGUUGUCAACUUUGGGUGCAUCCUUAUUGCUUGUUUUGGUGCCGUAUUUCUAUUGGUGGCUUUCAACCCUACAAGGAAUGAUUUCACAAGGCGAUAUAGAGCUGUCUGUCAUUUCCAAGAACUUCUUCUUUGUCUUCUUCAACUUCUUCAUUGUCUUCACAGCAUUGGGCACCGCAGCACUUGCUCCUGAUGACUUUGCAAAUCAAACCCCACGAGAGAUUGCCAACAAGUUAGCCUUGAAAAUCCAAGAGCUUAGGAACUUCUACGUGAAUUAUAUUAUUCUACAAGGCCUCGGACUUUUCCCAAUGAGACUACUGGAGUUUGGAAGUGUGUUCCUGUAUCCUAUCGGCUUGAUUGGUGCGAAAACACCGCGAGAUUAUGCCGAAGCUAUGCAGCCGCCUAUGUUCAGCUACGGAUUUUAUCUCCCGCAGAACAUCCUCAUCUUCCUCAUCUGCAUUGUGUACAGUGUGCUAAGGUCAUCGUGGCAGGUCCUGCUCCCUGGGCUGUUGUACUUCAUCAUCGGAUACUUCGUACACAAGUAUCAGCUAUUGUAUGCGAUGGAUCACCGACAGCACUCGACGGGCGGCUCCUGGGCCAUGAUCUGCGAUCGGAUUAUUGUAGGUCUAAUCAUUUUUCAAGUUACAAUGGCAGGUCAACUAGCUUUGCGCUUUGCCAUUAAGAGGUCGUUGCUUAUCAUCCCUCUUGUGGCGAUGACGCUGUGGUUUUCAUAUGUUUACAGCAACCGGUACAAACCUCUGAUGAAGUUCAUCGCUUUGAGAAGCAUCAGACGCCAUGAGCAAGCGAAUCAAUUAAGCUCCAGGCUUUUGAUGGAGCAACGUGUUAGGCCUAUUGAUUUGGACGAGGUCACAGACGAACCAGCGGAGCGCGACAUGCGAUUCAUAAAUCCGAGCUUGGUCGCUCCCCUUGAGAAUGUAUGGAUUUUGGAUAAGGCUGCAAGGGCUGAGAGCAUCAUGUCUCGUAGCCCACCGCCGGAGGAGGAUGAUCCGCGAAGUCUAAACUCCGCCGUGGCAUGAUCGACUUUUCGUAGUCCUUGCUUGGCAGCAGUGCAUAGCUGUUACUAAGAUUUUUAAUUUAAAGGCGUUAAAAUAGUUAUGGCAACUACUUGUGCAUUUGUGAGGAAGGUGAUACCCAGAUGCAUUUUAUGUGAAGGUCAAUCGUAAGCGUUAUUUCCUU